AUUCUACAACUUGGUUAAGAUUAUUUAUUCUAAAUAAUCUUUUGUCAAAAAGUCGUUUUCGACCCCUAUUAUCUCUAAAUUGACUAACCCGGAUCUACGGGCGUUACACUUUCGAAACGAUCCACAUAAUCUCUAACAGUGCCAUCUUGUUGGAGAGCUAAGAAUUGCUCCCGCAGACUAACCUCUCGAGAUGAUUGAAAACGAUCUAACAACUUGGUUUUGAACUUACUCCAUGAGCUGAAUGGUUUCAUGGAGUUCUCCUACAUCACAGAUGGGCAACCCCCUGUAACAUUCGCUAUUGCAGCACAAGAAACAAACCAUGUGCGCGUUUCAGAGUGUCCAUCCUUUGUAAUAUCUGGAAACUCCAAGGGUCUCACAGCAAAAGACAUGUGGAAUGAAAUUAAAAAGAAUGGUUCUUUUGAUGACCUUGAUUCUUCUCAACUACCAAUGAUCUCAGAAGCAAAGUCGUGUAUAGGUGCGGGUAUUGCAGCUUCUGUGACCAUACCAUCUCAGGCUGUGCGUACUGUCACCUUCUCAUUGGCAUGGGAUUGUCCGGAAGUUGUCUUUCCAACCAGGACUUACCAUAGGCGUUACACCAAAUUUUAUGGCACUCAUGGGGAUGCUGCUGAAAAAAUCGCACAUGAUGCUAUUCUAGAACAUGGUAAUUGGGAGGCCCAAAUAGAAGCAUGGCAACAGCCUAUCCUUGAAGACAAGAGGCUUCCUGAAUGGUACCCAAUCACUCUUUUCAAUGAAUUAUAUUAUCUCAACUCAGGGGGCACAAUCUGGACAGAUGGAGUACCUCCUGUACACAAUUUGUCAACCAUUAAUGGAAGACAGUUCUCAAUUGGUAGAUCUAACAUGGACUCUCAAAGUAACGGUGAUACUAAUACAACUCAUCAUCAACACGACACUGCUGUUAACGUUCUUGAAAGAAUGACGUCAGUACUCGAAGAAAUCCACAACCCCACAUCAAAAAACUCAGCAUUCGGUACAAAUCUUCUACAAGAAGGAGAAGAAAACAUCGGGCAAUUUCUGUAUUACGAAGGAAUAGAAUACCACAUGUGUAACACAUACGACGUCCAUUUCUACGCAUCAUUCGCCCUAAUCAUGCUUUUCCCCAAACUCGAACUCAGCCUCCAACGCGACUUUGCAUCUGCCGUCAUGAUGCAUGAUCCCCGUAAAAUGGAUAUUUUAUCCGAUGGGGCAUCGGUCCCGAAAAAAGCCCUAGGUGCUGUCCCACAUGAUAUCGGAAUGAUCGAUCCUUGGUUUGAUGUUAACUUCUAUAACCUCUACAAUACAGACCAAUGGAAAGAUCUAAACCCUAAAUUUGUCCUCCAAGCCUACAGAGACGUGGUGGCUACUGGUGAUAAGAAUUUUGCGAAAGCUGUUUGGCCUUCGGUUUAUAUUGCAAUGGCGUACAUGGAGCAGUUUGAUAAGGAUGGAGAUGGGAUGGUUGAGAAUGAAGGGUUUCCUGAUCAGACGUAUGACACGUGGUCGGUUUUGGGUGUUAGUGCGUAUUCCGGUGGGCUGUGGGUGGCGGCGUUGCAGGCAGCGUCUGCUAUGGCGGGUGUAGGGAGGGCAAGUUCGUCCAUUCAAGCUGAUCAGUUGGCGGGACAAUGGUAUGCUCGAGCAUGCGGGCUUUCUCCGAUUGUUGAUGAAGAAAAGGCGAAAAGUGCAUUGGAGAAGGUUUAUAAUUUCAAUGUUUUGAAAGUGAAGAAUGGGAAACGUGGAGCUAUUAAUGGGAUGCUACCCACGGGUGAACCCGAUAUGUCAUGUAUGCAAUCGAGGGAAAUUUGGACUGGAGUUACUUAUGGAGUUGCUGCGGGUAUGAUUCAUGAAGGCAUGAUCGACACUGCUUUCCACACUGCAAGUGGAGUGUAUGAGACCGCUUGGUCCGAAGAGGGAUGCGGGUAA